GGCGCGAUGUCGGAUGGAGAAGACCGUGUUAGUGCACUGCGUGAUUUUGUCUGCCGUCUGCAGCUUGGGUGAGGCAGUGGUGAUGAUGAGAGCUGUGAACUUAUUGUGUCUCAAAAGACGCUUCAAAAGACGCAGACGGCGACGUCUCUGGAGACUGUGGACGUGUUUCCGAACGCCGCGACGCCAAGGAACGAUGCCUCAUCUGAAAAUGAUCAUCACGGGGUCAGAAGUCUUACGGCGAACGAGAAGACGUGACAGGAUGGCACCGACUCCACCGCUUCCUGUGACAGAGGACACACCCCCCGACAUGCUGGCUGGCUCCAUGGACCUGCGAGUGGUGCUACCUAAUGGCCAUUCUGUGAAGAUGAGUGUGGACCGAAGCACGCCUAUGAUGGACCUCCUGGUUCAAGUGACAACUAUGAACAAGAUCUCAACAGGUGGUCACAUUCUUCAGGCAAUAGGCGAACGGGGCAUCCUUCCCUACAAGCCCAGCACGCCCAUCGGAGCCCUCGAUACGUGGACCAUACAAGUCGUACCCAAGUCGAAGGUUCAGACGACCACAGUCCAAAAGAAAGCGCCAUUAAAACCGCUGAGUCAGCAACAGCCAUUUGAACAGACAUUCAGACUACAGGUGCAUUUGCCGCGGAACCAACUGUACGUGAUGCGGGUCAGUCCGAGGACCCUCCUGUCCGACAUCCUUCGCCAGACGUGCAAAGAGAAGAACCUUGACCCCAACAAAUAUGAGCUGAGGCACCCAGCCAACAUUUCUCAAUUGCUGAUUCCAUCGUGCACCCUGGCCGACUACGGUCUGCAGGAGGUCACAGUAGCGGCACGAAGUCAUGCGCCACGAGUGGGAUCAGCGCUGUUAUCAUCUGACAUCAUGGCGCUGCAGCAAGAGGAAGACAUUCGGUGCCAGCAGAGCAAGUGCGAGGGCAGCAUAAGCAGCGACAGCCUGGGGGGUCGCAGCAUCUCGCCGGCCAGGUCCGACGAGUCGGCCAGCCGUUCGGCCUCACCGCCCGCACCAAACCUUCCGCCCAUGAUGGCACCGAUCCCACCCGCAAGGCCGGCCAGGAAGAGACGCCCCGCGCCAAAACCGCCCGGUUCUAAUAUUGGACCAGUUAGCAACAAGCAGCAGACAGAAUUAAACACGCAAGCAGAGUCCAGCACUGGAACUGUUGUGAACGGGCAUUCCGGGAGCGAUAACGGCAAGACGGCGCACGUCGCUGUGUCACAUUCCCGUAACAGUUCGGACAGCAGUGGGUACCAUGAAGCAUCAGUUCUCAGUGAGGGUCCGGCUGAAGGCCACCCGAUAUCAGAGAAUGGCAUUGCGGACUCGGUCUCGCAUCAUGAAAAACUUACAUCGACCCAGCCAGCACAGAUGAAGGCUCAGGUUGGCAACUAUGGUCUGUCACGAUCCAUGUCGAAUUUGACUGGAGUGGGCAGCAUGGGAGACUGCCAGCGCAGUACGUCGAACACGUCCCUUGCAUCCUCCACAGGACAAGGACAAAAGAAAAAGAAAGCGCCACCCCCUCCACCAGGAACGGGCGGAACCAAAGAUCGCCAGCAGCAGAAGCACCCAUCAUCACUGUCGCUAUCAUCCAACGAUCAGGACGUCGCAGACCCCCACAACAAGACAACAUCACUAGAGAGACAUCUGUCUGGCAAGAGCUCUGUAGUUGGCAGUGCUCAGUCAUCGGACAAAUGUUCAUCUCUGCCUGGCAAGAUGAAGAUGUCACAGCACGACUACAGGCCAGCGGAACCUCCGACCCAAAAGUCUGAAAACGCUGCGGAGACAGAAGCGAUGUCACCUGAAGAAAGGCGGCUCGACAGCGACCAGAUUCCCGAAGUUGAGGAGGACACCGCUAUAACGCGCCAGGAUGAACGCAACACUGCGGCUAGAAGUCAGAUCUCUGGAGACUCCUCCGAUAUACAAGAUGAAAGCUUUCAGACACUUCCACUGCCUCCUGUAGAAAGUGCACCACCGCCCCAUGUAGAGCUUGCGUCGAGGAGUAAAAGCCAUCAAGUUGUUGAUCCAAGCACCCCAGAAGCUUCCGCUACUUUGAAGCAACCACUCACACUACACACCCCCGUCCCAAAGCCUCGUGUGUGCAUCGAGCGUAGUCUUGGGGAUGACACUACUCCCUCAGUUAGAAAGAGACCAAUUCCGCCACCACGACAGAUGUCUGACAGCAGCAACGUACAGGGAGAAAGACAUAAACAAACUGCAAAGGAAGAGAAGAGUGACGGAGGGCAGAAGAUGAAAGUGAAGAACGGCAGCACGGGUCGAACGUUCGGUGUGGGGACGACGAUGCUGAUGAUGUCUCAAUCUGGGACUGACUCCAUCAGCAGUGGAAGUUGGGAGUGGCAAUCACUAAGAUCACAAAGCCCUGCAGAUAAUGGUCCAGAUUCAGAUGAUGAUCUGAGCAUUGCUGAUAAGGACAUGGAGAUUUUUGACAUGAUGACAGAAACAUCUGAAGCUUCAGGCACGGUUCAGGCCAGAAAUAAGACGAGAGGCAACACCUCCACUGUGAACCAUCAAGUGAUGGACUCAUAUGAUGACAGCGAGUCACUUUCUCUCGCCAGUUCUGUGUUUGAUUAUGACUCGGAGCACGAAAGUUCUGAAGCGUCGUCUACGUUAAAAUGCCCACCGCUUGAGAGACUGCUGAGAACCAAAGGGGAGAAGAGUUUUCAUGCUUCUAAAGAGGUAAAUCUCCACGACACUGAUAGGAAUGGACAACAAGGGAAGAACGUCGGUCCAAAAAUUAGUGGAGGCAGCAGUGCCAGUGUCUGGAGCGUGGACGAGGUGCCGAGUAGGAACAACAGCAUGGGACGAUGGACCAAUAGGAAGGCUCCAGCAUCCAAGCAAUCAUUGGUGUUGGGAUACAAUUCAGACGCUGAGACCGGGGAUCCUAUUGACCAGGUGGUGGAAGCUUUCAGCAGCGUGACAGCGGAAUUGGAGGCUGCCAUAAAGCGGGAUGAAGAGCUGGGUACUCAGCUGCCCCCACCUGCCCCCGCAGAAGAUCUGACAGUGGACUGGGAGUAUCUACUACCCGCGCCACCAUCUGCUUUCAGAGACUCCGAUUCUCCCACUUUUUCUGAGGGCAGAACAGUCUUGUUGGCAGAUACACAGGUGUUCCAAGAGCCCUCGUCACCAGAACCUGAACCAGACUUUCGUCAGGGGCGUUCUGCCAUCACGAAGCAUAAAGACUCUCUUGAUACACGCUUCAGCAGUCCAUUGCAUAGGAAUGAGGUGACCCGGACGAAUCCUUUGUUUGACCCAAACCAGUAUGAUGAUGAUGACCCAGGUGACAGCAACAUUAAUCCUUCUGCAGUAUGUGAAGAUGGCACAAAGAAGUUGAAGCAUGACACAAAACACCUGUACCAUACAGAGGCAACGCUUCACAAGCAGGACUCAUCGGAGCUAUUGCUGAUGAAACCAGAUUCCUCGAGAGACCAAAGCACAAGGAAGGGUGGGGAACUUUCCAAUUUCACCAUCACAACAUACCAAAGACCUCAUGACCCUGACGGAUUAUUUGGCAGAGACGGUGAUAACAACGCGGCAGAACCUGUCCAACAUUUGUCCACGGACACACGCAAGAAACCAACAACGGUGUUUCAACACAAGUACAGUUCUACUGAUUCGCUAAACAGCAGCGGUGGAGUUGGCAGUGCCACAAGUGUAUCGAGAACAAAUUCUUUCAACAGUAAUGACAGUAGCAUGUUUAAGAUCCCUGGUCCAGUUUCGACAUCAUCUGUCAAGCGGUCCACAUCUUACAUCUCCCUUGUUGCUAAACCUCCCUCUUUUCCUGGAAAUGGUUUCCAGUCUGGCCGAACCUACGCUCCGUACUCAAACAGAACCAAAUCUGUUGGUAAUCUGGCAGUUGAGGCACAGUUGGAUGCAGAUGAUGAGACGGCAUACGAAAACUGGGGUCUCGGGAAGAUGAGAAAAUGUAGUGUUAGUCACGAUCCAUCAGAAAGUGUCCAAAAAGGAAUCGAGUCGCAAACCACAGCAGAGAAGCAGAAGAUGGCAAGAGGAACGGAGGUUGGACAUGAGGAACAAAGAGGCUCACAGCAGCAGAUAAUAAUAACAGAGGAGGAGCGUGCGCGGCUUUUGGCGUUACAGGAGCAGUUCCUUCAGUUGCAGGAGCAACUCCUUCAGAACUCAGGCCACAUGCAACAGAUAUCACAAACUCACGCCCCUGCUGCAGACACUCCUCUGCAGUCACUACAGGUACUUAGAAGCAUCCUGCCGCAGCUGAAUCAAACAAAAAUGUCUGGUUGUCAGGAAACCAGUCAGCAGCAGAACUCUGAAAACUCAGCUUUCCUCAGAUCUGAAACUCAUCCCACGGAACUGGUUCCAAAAGGUGCAGAAGACUUUGUCAAUAAUCAGUCUGUCAAACUAACGACCUCUUCAACAUUAAAACGGCAGAACAGCAAUGAAAAGGAAUCCAGUGAUAACACUGGUGAAAUGAAACGGUAUACAUAUCGUGGUCCCCCAGCAAUUAGUUUUGCUACAUGGAGUGAACGGCCAAAGAGUCAAGUUAGCAUUAAGAUGGAUCGUGACUACAGGAUAGGCGUCGGUCAGGGCGGCCGAACAAUUGAACACGGUGAAACUCCUUCUCGAACAGUAAUGUCCGAGUCCAAGGACGAUACCUCUGCAGUGAAAAGUAACCACCAUACAGAAACAUCACGCUUAUCAGAAUAUGAUGAUAAAGAAGCAAAUGCUCAAAACAAAUCAAACAAUAAAGUAACUAACUCACAAGCAACCAAAACCGAUCCUGGCUCACUCACAAUGAGACUAAUUUCGCACACAACACCGUCUGGUUUCCGGAAACCUGUGACGGGAGGCAGCCAGAAGUUCAUGUCUAGUUAUGCUGCAGGAGAAGGACAACAGUCUUACACAUCUGAAGCCAAAGAAGUAACAGGAUCGUCAACAGUCGGUAUGCAGGUCGGCAGUACUCAACAGAGCGAUCCUUCACGAGUGCCAAUUGUAAGAGCUGUUGAGCUCAAGAAGUCCUUCAUCCAACAGCAGAAUCCUCGUAACGUUCGCAGCUCAACGACAGAGUUGAACGGUGAAGAGAGCAGGGGGCUGUGUAGUACCAACAUUGUGGACCAAAGAAACGGAACUGAUAAUCAUAACGGAAGGAGUGACGCAGAGACAUUUGCAGGUGUUAAUUUCUUGGCGAAAAGAUUUUCAAAUGCAGGUUUAUCACAGAAUGGGCCUCACAGUUUACGCUCAUCACGGCCUCUGUCUUCCUAUGGAAAGGUUGAGACUGCGGACACCAAGGGACGAGAUAACACAACUAAUUUACCUUAUAAUGGGAACCUCUCUUACAAGAGUGUGAGUUCAACCAAUCUGAAUGCAUUGAAUGUAAAUACACGUCAAGAUGCCCAGCUCAGAGACAGAGAUGCGACAGUCAAUCGGAGGUACACUUCCGUCGUCGGAAUUAACAAUGAUUCAGAGAGACCAUCAUCGAGUUUUCAAGAACUAGCCUCAGAGUCAAGCAGAGUGCAGUCACGGGUAUCUGGCCCCUCUGUGGUCAGAGUGAACGGUAUGACUGCUCCCAAACAACUGAUGCCAGUUGUAAAAGGUUUCCAGUUUGCCUCCCCAGCAGCCAAUAAAGAUACAUCUCCUCCUCUUGCUGCUAAAAGCUUAAAAAACUCAAAUACAACGAAUGCUCAUAACCCCAAGGUUCAUCGAUCAGAAUCAACUUCGGCCAUCAGAACCUGGAAGACAGUUGAUGUACCUGACCACACAUCUGACACGAGUUUUGGUAGCAUCAAGACGUACAUGCGACGAAGUUCGAAUGACACGCGACCAGAGCCAGUGGUGAUGAAAGUUAAAACGGAUACAGAAUCAGAACCUCCUCUACCCCCUCCCUUGGCGGUAUCCCUCCAGAAAUCUACGUCACGACCUCGUCCGAGGACUCGACCGGGUCCUGAGCUCAACCCUCGAGACCAACUAAUGGAUGCAAUUAGAAAUUUUGGUGGUCGAGAAAACCUAAAACAGAGUGGUUGCAGCUGAAAAUUGAAGACACACAGAAUAGCAAGAGAUUAAAUAAUCAAAUUACUAACAAUAAUACUUUGAAAGCCAGUUAAUUUAGUUUGUUAGAGACGAUCGUUUUCAUAGAGAUUCUACUAGUCCGCCAUUUAGAGUAGGCGACAUGUCACAACAUUCUAACUGCAGUCCGUCAAAUGAAGACGCUGGUACAUCUGUCUGAAUGACCUGUUUCAGGCAACCAAAUUUGUAUUGUCUGUUUGGUAGACAUUGUUCAUUGUUUUCAUUUCCAGAAACAUGGCAGGUGGGAUAUGGUAAUAUAUCAUAAAUACUUAUUAGUCAAUUCAAUAUACAAGAGGCAGUCAGAAAGUUCCCGGAAUUGUGGUAUAGCUCUGUAAUGAUAGGACAUAUGGCAACGCUUACCUAAUCACCUUCAAAGUAUGAUCCUUGCGCACACACACACUUGCUCCAUUGAUCCUGCCAUUGCUGGAAGCACCGGCAGAAGGCUUCGUUUGGAAUAUUCCGGCCGUCGCGUUUGAUUUGAUGUCCUCCAUGGUUGUGAAACACGUCCUCUUGAGACCCAUUUUCAGAGUAGGG